AUGGUGGUAAAAAUAUAACAAAGAAAAUCAAUGCUGUGAGUUUAUAUUCUAGAGAAUAAUAAUAGUGCAAAAAGGAAUAUUUAAAAGCUGGUAUAUGAAAUGUGUCAUGUACAAUAAAUUUAUCCUGCCUUCAUUGUUUAGGCAGCAAAAACUAAAGCCAAUGAAGACUGCCAACUUUGGGCCAAGUCUGUUACAAAUCAUUUCUGGUAUUGUUCAAAAAACUGUGGUAAUGAUGCUAAAGAUCUCAAGGUAAGAUUGGGCUUUUAUAUCCAUCAAAUACAAUAAUUAGCGUUUAAUUAAUAGUUGUCCGAUAACAGGGAGUUAAUAAAAUGGUAUAUACAGUAUACUGUACAAUACACAUCAAAAUUCUGAACAUUUCAAGGAAAGGACUUUAAUUAAUUGUACAGUACGGAACUUUAUAUAGUAGAGGUGUGCAUUGAAUCGGACGUUUAUAAUCCGACAAUUGGCUAAUGUUUGAAAUUUGAUCCAAUCCGAAAUUGUCUAAUCCGAAUCCAGUUUCGGAUCAGAUUUGCACACCUCUAGUAUAUAGAGUAGACCGACCAUGAUUUUCUUUUCUGUUUGAUCAAUUGCUUCGUAAAUAAACGUACAUUGGGUCAUUCCAGAAAACAUCCAUACCUCCCCCAUGGAGAAAAUUGGAUGUGUGGAUCCUUUCUGCAACAACCCAUUGUACUUAUAAUUUUAACAGGAUAAAUGGACUGGGAUCUUACAUCAUGUUGUUGAUGAGCAUGAAUGGGUUUUGGAAGAAGGAAAAAAUGGAGGAAGAUGCAAUCAUAACUUACUGGAUGAUAAUGAGAGGGUGAAGCCUUGGUUGAAGAAAGAAUCUUCGGCACAUAAGGCAUUAACCAAGAUUGUGUUGGAUACAAGAUUCCUAAACACAUUACGUUACUAUACAAACUUCAGGUAAGAAUUUUAAUAUCCAUGUUGAAAUUAGGCUAUUACUGUAAGCUGCAAUGUACCUUACUUUGUUUUUAGUCUGAUGUAAAAUGACUAGUAAAAUCAUCUGGUGUUAAACAGAGUAAAUUAAUAACGUAGGGUACAUUGCAGCUUAACCAAUUAACAGGCAAGACUCUUCCGUUGACAUUAAGUCAAAUUGUCUGACAUUAGAGAGUAAAAUGCUGUGUAAUGGUGCAUGCGCCAAGGAUUAAUUAGAAUAGUACAUGCUCUCUCUGUAUAUGCAACACUCAUCUAUGUGACAAUUUAUAUGUACAUCUAAUGUUUGUAGACACACUGGCUUUUUGGAAUCCUUCCACAACCACAUUUUAAUGUAUGCUCCAAAACGUCACUCUUACUCGUAAGUACUGUAGUUGCGUUUUUGUUAGUUCCUCAAAUAUUAACUUGUUGCACAAGCAGAGCCUUUAUUAAACUCUAAAAAAGUUUAUCUCAAAUCCAUAGAUUUGUUGGAUACCGUGCUAGAAACCAAUUGGCAGCACUGGAUUAUAACCAUCACAAGGGAAGAGAACAAGCAACCACAGCUGAUGGUCAACUAAGGUAUAUUAAUUGAAAAAUAUCCAAAGGCAAUUUAUUAUUAUACAAAUAAUGAAUGUUUAUGAGUGCAAUGGUAAGAAUAUUUCCACGAGGUGAAAGAUGGAAUGUUCCAUUCAACGAGGCAACAGCCAAGUUAAAUGGAAUUAUUAUUAUUGAUGAAUAUUUUAACAGGAUAAAAACGUCAGUUAUGUAAUGUUUGUCCUGAACAUUUCAUCUUUCACCGAAUGAAAAUAUUCUUGCCGUUGCACGAAGAAGCAUUCAUUAUUUGUUUUAUAUAAUACCAAAAUAGACUAAUAGAUUCGUAUGAGAAGCAUUUUGACGGAUGUGAUUUAUCAAAAACAUAAAGAGUGCAAUGGAAUAAAACGUAUAGUACAAUUGCACUCGUGAAGAGUGCAAUGGAACGUAUUCCAUUGCACUCUUGGGAAAUGGAAUUUUCUAUUCAAUAUCACGUGACCAUAAACAGCCAAUUAAACGAUCAGAAUUUAAUUAUAUUAUACAAAUAAUGAAUGUUUAUGAGUGCAAUGGUAAGAAUAUUUUCAUGAGGUGAAAGAUGGAAUGUUCCAUUCAACGAGGCGACAGCCGAGUUGAAUGGAACAUUCCAUCUUUCACCGAAUGAAAAUAUUCUUACCAUUGCACGAAGAAACAUUCAUUAUCUGUUUUAUAUAAUGCCAAAAUAGUUUAAAUAGACUAAUAAAUUCGUAUGAGAAGCAUUUUGAGGGAUGUGAUUUAUCGAAAACACAAAGAGUGCAAUUGUACUAUACGUUUUAUUCCAUUGCACUCGCGGAGAGUGCAAUGGAACGUGUUCCAUUGCACUCUUGGGAAAUGGAAUUUUCUAUUCAAUAUCACGUGACCAUAAACAGCCAAUUAAACGAUUAGAAUUUAAUAAGGUAUUAUAUAAAAAUUUAUAUGUACUGUAGCAUAUGUGCAUUCUCUAUGAGGGAAAGGUUCCAGGAAAGUAAACCUUUCCCUUUAGAAACUAGACAUAGCUGGCUAAUUUAUGUAUGUAGAGCUACUUCCAAUUAACCAAACUACAAGAGAACAAGGGGACAAAUGACCUGACACAGCAUCAUACUGUAGUUAGAAAGUCUGAAAUCCUUUCAAUAAUUUGUGGGAAAAAGUCAGUUAAUUUGGACAGUAUGUGAAGCGCUGCUUUAAGUACAUUUAUAAAGUUUAGUUUGUUUCUAGAUUUGGAAGGAGAUUCAGCAAGCGAACACAGAGAUGGUGCCAUGUGAAGAUUCUGGAGCCUAAACAGUACAGUUAUAUCAACAAACUGCUGUUGAAGGUUUUUGAAAAAAGGUCGAGCUCUAAGGGAACUGUAGACCAGAGAAUUGGUGUAUUGCCAGAAGAUCCAAAACAGAUUGCUCCCAAUAUUGCUUCAAUCCCUCCCCCAACAGUAAAAUCACUGGUUGAAGAACACAAAUCUUGAUUUUAAAUUAACAAUAACAGACAUGCACAUGUACAUUAGUAUAAUUAUUUACAGUAGCUAUAUAUAGUAUCAAGUAUAGUAAUGCCUGUCGGUCCUAUCAUAAUUAUUUACAGUACAGUAAUACCUAACCUAACAGUUUGUUCAAACUAUUACAGCAAAUUCAGUUUGAGCAUAUACAUGUUUGUCAUGCUUGUCGGCAUUACAAUGGGACAUUUCUACAGUAUAGG